CACAAAUCGGCAACAACGACUUUUGUUGUGGUGUGUGUGUGUGUCUUGCUUUGGGGGCUGGUCCGAUUCGCUCAACUGCUUCAUCCGCAUCCCAUCCAUCCCAGCCAUCCUCCUCGCAGCGUUCCAGCGCUCCAGCCAGCACUGCCGCCUUGCUUGGCAAGCAGCAAUAGUGGAGCCACACAGCUGCUUGUGCAGAGAACACAACGUGGUGGUCCCUACGACGACAACUUUCAGUGUGUGGCUGUUGUCUCAGCAGUUUUUUGUUUCGGCAAACACGCGCACACGCUGCCGGCGCGAACUGUGGAUUCGUGCGUAGGUUCAAACGCGUACACACACGCACACUCAACAAGCACCAGACGGCAGUAACAACAGCGCCAGCUGCAGUGUCUCACAGCAACAUCCUCUGCUAGACACGCAACCGAUAGUGACAGCAGAAGCAGCAACCUUGUGGCAAACAAGUUUCCGGAAUAAACGCCAGUUGACACUGUAACUGCAGCACCGCAGCCCAAACGCAGCGUGUUUCGUGGUGAAUAGUGGGCAAAGACGUUACAGCCCUCGCCAUACCCAGCUUUCCAGACACGCUUACAAGAACCGCAGCCAUGGGCGACGACAAUGAAGUGGAUCCUUGCGAGGGCAUUUGCGAAACCUUCCUUGAAACGAAGAAGAAGAUGCUUCUUGAGAAGAAGAAGCUGCUUGAGCUGAAGUUGAAACAGGUGCACGCAGGCACACACCCCACGCUUGUGGAGAAGCUCAAGGCGCUGGACACCAAGCACAAAGCUGCCAUAAAAGCUGCAGUGGACGUGCGCAAGCACAAGGUUCACUUCUUUCGGCUGUGGAUUGCGCGCGAACGCGAGGGGCUCAUCAACACACACAAGGACGAGGUGACGACGCUGCGCGAGAGAAUAGCGCAGAAAAAGGCGGAUCACAUCGAGAAUCUUCGCCAGCAGCAUCUCGACAUGCUCCUCCUCCCAGAGCCAAUCCGAGAAAGCGACUUUGUUGCGUGGAAGAAGACAGAGACGAACCAGGAAGACAACAGCACAAGUUCACGCCCCGUGCGCACACUGCCACGAAGAGCAGCACAGAGCGGCGCUGCUGCCGCCACAGCUGCACUCACACAGAAGGACACGCGCACGACAGCAAAUGCUGAGCCCAGCGCUGAUGGCGGUGCUGCGAGUGCAACAGCAACCACCACGGCCACCACCACCACCACCACUGCUGCUGCUGCUGUUGAGGUGACAGCGGCUGCCAAGCGGCGGGGCAGCGAGCCUGUCGGGAAGAAGAAGAAGGAGAAGAAAAAGAGAAGGGAGGAGGAGGAAGCAGAGCGCAGUAAGGAGAAGAAGGGGCGUGGUGACGCCAAGACGCGCACACGCACGUCAGCAGCUGAUGGCUCGCCCAGCAAGCGGCCCAAGGUGCACGUUGGCCCCUGUGUUGUGUACAUGCUUCGUGACGACGAUAUCGCUGCAGACCUCAAGGCUCUCCGCUCAUGAGCUGCUUGGUGUGUGUGUGUGUGUGAUGUGUGUGUGUGUGUUGUGUGUGUGUGUGUGUGAAUGAGAAAGAAAGAGAGCGUGUGCGCGUUGAGUUGUGUGCUUGUGUGUGUGUGUGUGCGUGUGUGUGUGUGUGUGAAUGUGCGUGUGUGCGUGAUGUUGUGUUAACUGAGUAAGCGAAUGCGUACAUUGCAUAGUUGUCCUGCCUUUUAUGUGUGUGUGUGCAUGUGUGUUUGUGUUUGCUUUCGCCAUCUCUGCUCUGGGAGGUUUUCGCUAGUCAGCUGUGAGAGUGUGUCUGUAUGGAGAUACCUCUCUCUCUCUGUAUUUUUUGCUCGCUCGUGUUUGUUCUUCCUCCACGACGAAAUUGUCUCUUCAUCAUUGCCGCUGGCGUUGUGGAAAGGGUGCAGAGCACCCUGUUUCGACAGCUCUGUGUGUGCAUGUGUAUGUCUGUGUGAGUGCCUGUUCUUACUUUGCGUUGCUCCAUCGUGUGCAGCAGCACCACCAGCAUUGCACACACACAGAAGCCAGAUUGUUGGCUCGUGGUCACUGCUUGGCGUCACUGUUGUUGCCUUGCUCGACGCCGGUGCUGUUUUUGCCCUGUCUCUCCUGUCGCCAAACGCCAUUUCAUUCCUGCUCUUGCUUGCUUGGUUGCUUUGUGAAUAAACAACAUCUCUGUCAA